AUGCCUGGGAUACUGCUAGGAGACGUGUUCCCCAACUUCGAAGCCGAGACAACCAUCGGGAAGAUCAAAUUCCAUGACUUCUUAGGAAACUUGUAAGUGCUACCUGUUGUAGGCCAAACAAGUCGGUGUGAUGAUCUGCGAUAGCCUACCUGUACCUCAACUGUUAUUUUGUAUCUGCAGCAGACAGUCAUCAAUUGCAUAAUCAGUAGCCUAAUUGACUGAUGGUGUGUUUGUGUAACAUUCGACAUACAGACAAUAAGCAAAUAUACUUGGCUGCAUGCCCAUUGCCACGACAUCGGCGUGAAAUUGGUAUUCCAAGGAAGCAAGUGUCAUAUCAUGAUGGUAGCCUAAUCAUAGACACUAAGCACCGGCCCAGGACCAGUUUCGGUUUUUAACAUGUAAACCUGUGGUUCGGGGUCAUAUGGAAAGCGGAGAACUCUGAUCCCAGAUCAGAUCCUAAAACCGGGGAGGCUAGAGGUCACGCGACACAGUCUGAUCAACUGUUUGCAAAAAAUGUUGACCCUCAAUCCCCAUUGAAAUUUCAGACAAUCGUGAAUUAGAUUUAAUUGAUUUUGAUAUAAAUACUUCCUGUUUCGAACGUAUACACUCUUGACCUGAGCCUUUACAGAAGGUUGUCCUUAGGAGAGACAUUAAACUGAACUGUCACACAAAACAUUGACAGCUGUACAUACUACAUUUUUUCAUUUGAUUUAUUCCUUAUUUUACCAGGUAGGUUGACUGAGAACACAUUCUCAUUUAUAGCAACCUGGGGAUUAGUUACAGGGGAGAGGAGGGGGAUGAAUGAGCCUGUUGUAAGCUGGGGCUGAUUAGGUGGCCAUGAUGGUAUGAGUUCCAGAUUGGGAAUUUAGCCAGGACACUGGGGUUAAUGCCCCUAAGAUCCAUGGGAUCUUUAAUGACCACAGUCAGGACACCCGUUUAACAUCCCAUCCGAAAGACUGCACCCUACGAUCUUUUUUUUUUAGACCAGAGGAAAGAGUGCCUCCUAUUGCUCCUGUAAGUCGCUCUGGAUAAUAGCAUCUGCUAAAUGACUAAACAUUUACAAAUGUAAACAAUGUUAGCCAGCAGCCUAUUCCAAUGCUGGCUUGCCUCUGAAGGUUGUCCCUGGAUGGGAGACCAGAUGCUGCUGGAAGUGGUAUUUAUUAUUAUUAUAGGAGGCAGGGUGGUAUGAUGCUGGCUAACAUUGUUUACAUUUGUAAAUGUUUAGUCAUUUAGCAGACACUAUUAUCCAGAGGGAUUUACAAGAGCAAUUAGGGUUAAGUGCUUUGCUCAAGGGCACAUCAACAGAUUUUUCACUUAGUCGGCUCAAGGAUUCAAACAAGCGAUCUUUCGAUUACUGGCCCACCGCUCUUAACCGUUUAGGCUACCUGCCGCCCCAUGCAUACAUUUAUAUUCUGUAAAAUUAAAGGCUUUUUUCUAGGCUAGCCUUAUACAUUUAUAUUAUUUCUGCAACAGUCUGAACUUCAACAUCCCAUUUUAAAAUUCAGUCGUUGUGACGUGAGUAUGUAGAUGUGUGUGCAGCUAUAUCCAGCUGCCCCUCCUUCAUUUAUAGGUACAAAUGUUUAGAGGACAACAAUAGCCCCAGUGUGUUAAACCAGCCUGCAGUGAGAGUGUGUGACUGAGUAGACAAGGCUGCCAAUGUUUAGGGGAGUGUGUCUCAGGGCUCCAAUCCGCUUUUGGCUGCGAGUCUGCUGACCAUCCAAUUUUUUAUUUUUUUUUAGUUGAUUAAUUCGACCAUUUAAAAAAAACAAGCACACACAACUUGAAAAAGCUUCAAAGUAAAAUCAUCAAGGAUAACACAAUAAAGUCUGGGAUUUAUUUCCAUUGUGGUCCUCUUGAAACAAGAUGGCUAGGCAAGAUCGAACACGGUUGAACACAGUAUGACAGCGAGAUAAUAAAACAUAAAAACAAAGAAGAACAUCUAUCUCAUCAUUGCAGUUACAUCGUAGGGUACAUUCAUAUGGGCACAGAAGACAUCAAACUGUUUUUUACUUUAUUUUUAAAGCUUCCCAGAGAGGAUGUCGUUUUUAUGGGCAGAGGCGACUCAUUCCACUCUGAGGCUCCAGUAUUCAAGAAAGUACCUUCCCAGCAUUACUCCUGAACCUGUAUAAGCACACAUUAGCAACACCUGAUCUGGUGCUGUGAUUGUGUGCAUCCUUAACAUGGGGAAAGUCAUCAGUUAGAUAUCUGGGUGCAGAACCAUAAAUACUCCUGUAAACAAAACCCAGUCUAAUCUGGGACACCCUCAACAGGCAGCCAGUUGAGUUCCUGAAAGCAGCUCCUGCCUAUGUGAGGAUGUGGACUCACCUUCAAUACUACCCUGAUCAGGUUAUUCUGGGCUAUCUCGAGCUUCCCCUUCAGAAGCUUAGAUUAGCCCCCAUACCAGGAACUACUAGCAUAGUCAAAAUGGCAUUGAAUGAGGGCAGUAUCUAGCAGUCCUUAUCAAGCAGCUUGGACUUUCUAGCCAAAAACGUAGUCCUGGCAUUAACCUUCCCGUCAUUGUAAAUAGGCCGUCAUUGUAAAUAAGAAUUUGUUCUUAACUGACUUGCCUAGUUAAAUAAAGGUUAAAUCAAUAAAAUAAAAUAAAUUCCCUAGCAAUUUAGUGGCAAUGCUCACACCUCCCAAGCUUCCAUCAAGGAUGCAUCCCAGGUAGGUAACAUAGGUUUAAGUAGUCAGCACCUCAUCCCCUAACUCCACUCUGAUUUCAGAGGACCUACACAAUUUAGGUCUGGACCCAAAAAGAAUUGCCUCAGUUUUACCUAAGUGCAGAGAUAGCUUAUUAUCUCCAUUUGAUAAUGUUAGUAAACUCUGUGCUAAGUAUGCUCUCCAACAUAGUUUUACUUUUGUGAGACACCAGAAGUGUAGAGUAAUCCACAUAAAGGAAAAGAUGGCAAGAACACACAUCUUUCAAAUUGUUUAUAUACAGUAAAAACAGUAGAGAUCCAAGCACGCUCCCCUGCGGAACGCAACAACUCAUUGGUUUUGCCUGAGACAGUGAACCAUUAACAUCUACCACUUGCUCCCUACCUGACAAAUAUGACUUUACCCAGCCUAGAGGGAUACUACUUAACCCCAGUGCCUCCAGUUUGGAGAUUAGGAGACAGUGGUUAACCUUCUGUAGGUCAAGCAGUACAAUUCCACAGAGGUUUCCCUCAUCAAUCUCUUUCCUGAUGAAGUCAGUCAAGUAAAGUAGACAAUCUUUGGAGUAUGUUUUUGGAAAACCAGACUAAAAAUCAUACAUUUGACUUUGUGAGUUGACAUUCAUAAAUUUGCAAAUGUACAACUCUCUCCAGGAUCUUUGAUGUUAUACUGAGGAUAGAUACAGGCCUAUAAUUCCCAGGGUCAGACUUUAUCCCUUUCUUAUACAGAGGUAUAACUUUUGCUUGUUUCAUGUCCCUGGGAAAGAUGCCUUGUUCAAGAGAGAGAUUAACGAUAUGCUUAAUACAAGGGGCAAUUUGCUCAGCAGAAUCUCUGAGAAAUCUUGCAGGACUAUUAUCCAGGCCUAUGGCUUUGGAGCAUUUAAGCUCUGCUAGCAUACUGGCUACUUUGGCUGUGGCUAUCUUUGCAAAUGAAAAAGAGUUCAGUCCAAUACUGUUUAGUUUGUUUUUGGUAGUACUACUACAGCCUAGUUCCUUAAAUUAUUUCCAAAGCUUUUUAGGGUCAUUUCUGUUCUCAAUGAUUUUAUCAGCAAAGUAACCCCUUUUAGCUUCAUCCAUCCAUCAAGCCAUUGAGGGCUUCCACCAUUUUAAUGUAGUCAACUGGGUGGGACUUCCAACUUCAUUGGCUGAUCCCUCCUGAUGACCCGGUUGGAGUCAUGUCCCACUGGGUCAUCAGGAGGGAUCAGCCAAUCGUGAAGAAGUAAAUUGACUACUUUAAAAUGGAGAUGGCCUCAAUGGUGCUGCCCAUGCAGGGGAGAGGCGUUGUGACGUGAGGUGUUAUAAUUUAAACAAAAGUAGAUUUUGCUGUUUUAUUGGGUAAUUUGAGAUGGAAGGGCGUUCCAUGUAACCAUGGCUCUAUACAAUACUGUGCAUUGCCUUAAAUUUGUUUUGGACUUGGGGAUUGCGACGAGACCACUGGUGGCAUUUCUGGUGGGGUACAUAUGUCUGUCAGAACUGUGUGUUAUUUGAUUAUACAGACAAUUUUGAAUUUUCAUCACAGUAAUAUUUCUCAUAAAAACAAGAAGUGAUGCAGUCAAGCCUUCUACUUUAAGCCAAGUGAGACGAGCAUGUGUCUUGUUGAUAUUAACCCUUCUGUUUACAAUGAAGGGCAAGACGUGCUGCUCUGUUCUGGGCCAAAUACCGCUUUCCUAGGUCCCUUUCUCAGCUCCUCACCAUAUAACCAGGCAAUAGUCAAGAUGUAAUAAAACCAGAGCUUGCAGGACUUGUUUGGUCGAAUGUGGUGUUAAUAAAGCAGAGCAUCUCUUUAUCACAGACAGACUUCUCUCUAUCUUUACAAUAAUAUAAUCAAUAUGCCUCGACCAUGACAGUUUACACUCUAUUAGAUUGUAAAUUGUCAAGGCAUAUUGAUUAUAUUCUUGUAAAGAUGGAGAGAGAAAAUCAACAAAUCAAAUGUUAUUUGUCAAUAGCUUCGUAAAGAACAGGUGUAGACUAACUGUAUAAUGCCUACUUACAGGCCCUUCCCAACAAUACAGAGAGAAAGAAAAUAUAAAAGUAAUAAUAAAUACACAAUGUGUAACAAUAAUUUGGCUAUAUAUUCAGGGUACCAGUAUCUAGUCGAUGUGCAGGGGUACGAGGUAAUUGAGGUAGAUAUGUAUACUGAACAAAAAUAUAAACGCAACAUGCAACAAUUCCAAAGAUUUUACUGUGUUACAGUUCAUGUGAGGAAAUCAGUCAACUGAAACAAAUUCAUUAGGCCCUAUUCUAUGGAUUUCACAUGACUGGGAAUACAGAUAUGCAUCUGUUGGUCACAGAUACCUUUAAAAAAAUGGGCCUCACAAUGGGCCUCAGGAUCUCAUCACGGUAUUUCUGUGCAUUCAAAUUGCCAUCGAUAAAAUGCAAUUGUAUUCGUUGUCCAUAGUUUAUGCCUGCCCAUAAAUAACUCCACCGCCACCAUGGGCACUAUGUUCACAACGUUCAAAUCAGCAAACCGCUCGCCCACACGACGCCAUACACGUGGUCUGCGGUUGUGAAGCCAGUUGGACGUACUGCCAAAUUCUCUAAAACGACACUGGAGGCGGCUUAUGGUAAAGAAAUGAACAUUAAAUUAUCUGGAAACAGCUCUGGUGGACAUUCCUGCUGUCAGUAUGCCAAUUGCACACUCCGUCAAAACUUGAGACAUCUGUGGCAUUGUGUUGUGACAAAACUGCACAUUUUAGAGUGGCCUUUUAUUGUCCCCAGCACAAGGUGCACCUGUGUAAUGAUCAUACUGUUUAAUCAGCUUCUUGAUAUGCCACACCUGUUAGGUGGAUAGAUUGUCUUGGCAAAGGAGAAAUGCUCACUAACAGGGAUGUAAACAAAUUUGUGCACAACAUUUUAGAGAAAAGCUUUUUGUGCGUAUAGAAAAUGCCACUGACCUGAUUGUGUGGCAGGAAGGUCAGUUUGCUGACAACCAAGAGGUUGAGGCCAGGUGAAGCGGACUCCCAAGUGUGCUCACCACAAAGAAUGCUUAGUAGUUGUCAACUAAUGUUAAGCCAUCUUGUUUUCAGAAAAGUUCAGUGAAAGUACAGUACAUUACUGGCAGCUAGUUGCAAGUAAGAUACUAGCAGUUAAUGGCUUUUAAUUACAAUAUUUUACUGACAGCUAGUUGCCAGUUAGGUAACACAAAAUUCACAGCAACUUCCAGGCAACUAACAACCAUCACAGCAGUAAAGAACCCUUCCUGAUAUGCAAAGAACCAUUUGGUGAAAAUGGUCACACAUAUCACCUUCACCACUGACAAAGAACCCCUCAAGAACCUUUUUAUUUUUAGUGUGUAGUCAGAAUGUGUAAUUUAGCCUAUUAAACACAGUGAGAAUUGGGCAGGUCUGUUGCAAAAAAGAAAGGAAAUUCUUGCCUAAAAAGUAGCAUGUAGUGCCAGUAGUUAGCUACACCGCUACAUGGCAAAAAAGCAAUUAACUACUGAAAACACUACCAAGAUUUGAUUUAAUUCAACUACCACCAAGUUACUGCAAAAUGUAGUUCACUACUCCCCAACACUGAAUACAGAAUGAUGUGCAAAUUGUGGUACUUCAGUAAAAACCUCAGACAGUGGCCACAAUUACUGUCUUGACUUGUAUUGUCCUACUUUGAACUAUUUUUCUAACCUCCAUACUGUCCUAGUCUGACACAAUGAGUGGUGAAUGGAUGGGAGGAGAGCAAUGUUUAGAGAGCUUGCUUUUGUAGUCAAUGACCCCGUCUCUAUUGUUUUGAUGUAAUAUGAUACUAAAAAGGUGUAGUUCUACAAAGCAUCUGUUACCAGUACCACAAGUUUUCCUGUUAUUUUCUUCACACUUACACACUCCACACACUGUUGCAUCAUUGGUCAACCACACAUUCCAGAGACUAAUCACAUGAUUUUCAGUCUUUCCUUCCACCUUCCCUCACGUAGUCCGAUGGUCACGCUGUGCCUCUCAUUGACUAAGUGUUAACGGCUAAAGUGAAACACAAACAUUGUGUAAUGUUUUAGGCCAGAGUCUGUUCCCACUUCUAGCCACUUGUUGCUCUCUGGCUGCAGAGCAUUUGGACUGGUAUUUCCUCUACUCUGUCUUGAGACCUACUGAUAGCUCCUCUCCUCCAUCUCUCCUCUCCUCCAGAUGGGGUGUCCUGUUCUCCCACCCCCGGGACCUUACUCAAGUGUGUACCACAGAGUUGGCCUGUGCUGCCAAGAUCAGCGAUGAGUUUAAGAAACGCAACGUCAAGAUGAUCGCUCUGUCCAUCGACAGCGUGGCCGACCAUCUCGCCUGGAGCAUGGUCUGUCUCUACCUGUCUCUCUGCAUCCAUUGCCUAAGUGGUUAAAAUGUAGAGAACAUUCCCUCACAUUGCAUAACUACAAUAUGGACAGCCUCUCUCUCACAGAUUUACUACCAUAUUUAAACACUGUCAGCCAUGUCUAAAUCAAUAUUACAUGCACACACCCUGUGUAAUCCCCCUGAGACUGGUUUAGUCUGCACAGCUGUUACUCUGGCUCAACUGCAUUCACAGAUGGCCAUUUCUCUACAGAAAUAUAUUGUGUAGAACAGAUAUGUUUGUUUAUCAAGUAGAACAGGAAAGAAUGUUAGCUCUAUUCAUUACAUUUCUAUCUGCAAGGUCCUAAACAUUUCACCUCCUCCCGCCAAAGCCUCUCUCAGGUUCAACAGGGAAAGAGUUCCUCUGGCCUGCCAAGUUAUCAAAUCUUACACUGGGGUAUCGGUGAUGGGACAGAUAGUUAGGUUGCUAGGCUACAGCAGCAACAGCAAUGUCCUCCAAAGUUCACAACAACACGUUUUUUGGAUGAAAAGUUAACUACGUAGUGAAAAUCUGUCCUGUGAAAAUCACUUUCACUGAAUAAAGUAUUCAGUUUUGGUCUUUCUAAGCCUCGCCCUAACCCCCUCUCCCUACACACACAUCUCUGGCUGAAACUGUGUGACUAAUGGCAGCCUUCCUUCCCACAAUGAGGAGCAGUAUUAAUUUUGUCUGAUAUCCAGUUGUUGAUUAGAACAGCCAUUCUACUGCUAUUUAUACUGCUGCUGUGAACAUAGGAACUUUCUCCACCAUUUUAACACUUGAAAAUAAAAACAUGCACUCUUGCCACAACCUGCUCUUGUCACACCCUGGCUCUGGGACUCAUUAUGUUGAGCCAGGGUGUGUUCAUUCUAUGUGUGUAUUUCUAUGUUGGUAAUUCUGUUGUGUUUAAUUCUAUGUUUGCCUGAGUGACUCCCAAUCAGAGGCAACGAGUGUCAGCUGUUGGCUGGUUGUCUCUGAUUGGGAGCCAUAUUUAUACUGUCUGUUUUCCCUUUGUGUUUGUGGGUUUUUGUUCCGUGUUCGGUCAUUGAUACCGGUGGACGUCACGAGUCGUUUCUUGUUUUGUAUUAUGUUUAAACUUUAACUAAUUAAAGUAUGUUUGUUCAUCACGCUGCGCCUUGGUCUGUUCCAUAUGACGAUCGUGACAGAAAAACCCACCAUGCAACGACCAAGCAGCGUGUCCAGGGGCAGCUCUUGGGCUGGACAUGGGAGGAAGCGCCGGGAGAAGAGACGGUGGAGGCGCGCCGUAGAGAGGAGCAACGGCGUGAUCAGGGUCGUCGUCGGACGGUCGAGAGGCAACCCCAGAAAAUUUUUAGGGGGGGGGGCACACGGCAUGGACGACGGGGCUGACGGAGGCAAAAAAGGGGCGGAUUCUGGAGGCCACCAGGUUACGGAUACACCGUCCUGUGCGGAUGCCUCACACAGAGUGUGUGAGGGUAGGCAUUCAGCCAGGACGGGUUGUGGCCGCUCUUCACUCCAGGGCUCCUAUCCGUCUCCACAGCCCGGUUCGGCCUGUCCCUGCUCCACGCACCAAGCCUACGGUGUGCGUCGCCAGCCCAGUCCGGCCAGUCCCUGCUCCACGCACCAAGCCUACGGUGUGCGUCGCCAGCCCAGUCCGGCCAGUCCCUGCUCCACGCACCAAGCCUACGGUGUGCGUCGACAGCCCAGCCCGGCCUGUCCCUGCUCCACGCACCAAGCCUACGGUGUGCGUCGCCAGCCCAGUCCGGCCUGUCCCUGCUCCACGCACCAAGCCUACGGUGUGCGUCGCCAGCCCAGUCCGGCCAGUCCCUGCUCCACGCACCAAGCCUACGGUGUGCGUCGACAGCCCAGCCCGGCCUGUCCCUGCUCCACGCACCAAGCCUACGGUGUGCGUCGCCAGCCCAGUCCGGCCUGUCCCUGCUCCACGCACCAUGUCUACGGUGCGCGUCGCCAGCCCGGCCCGGCCUGUUCCUGCCACUCGCACCAAGUAUACGGUGCGUGUCGCCAGCCCGGCCUGUUCCUGCCACUCGCACCAAGUCUACGGUGUGCGUCGCCAGCCCGGCCCGGCCUGUUCCUGCCACUCGCACCAAGUAUACGGUGCGCGUCGCCAGCCCGGCCCGGCCUGUUCCUGCCACUCGCACCAAGUAUACGGUGCGCGUCGCCAGCCCGGCCCGGCCUGUUCCUGCCACUCGCACCAAGUCUACGGUGCGCGUCGCCAGCCCGGCCCGGCCUGUUCCUGCCACUCGCACCAAGCCAGGGGUGCGAGUCGUCAGCCUGGUAAGGCCCGUCCCUCCUCCACACACCAAGCCAGGGGUGCGAGUCGUCAGCCUGGUAAGGCCCGUCCCUCCUCCACACACCAAGCCAGGGGUGCGCGUCGUCAGCCUGGUAAGGCCCGUUCCUCCUCCACGCACCAAGCCAGGGGUGCGCGUCGUCAGUCCAGCACAACCCGUGCCUGGGUCACCGGUGCCUGGUAAGGUACCGGUCAACUGCUCCACUAUGGAGCUGAAGCUAACCGCUCCUGCUAAGUCCAGUUCGGCUCUUGCCGGCGGGGCCAGACUAGACCAGGGGCGCUAUGGGGGGUGUAUUGGAGGGUGGUGGUCAAGGCCGGAGCCAGAACCGCCGCCGAGGAGGUAUGCCCGCCCAGCCCUCCCCUGUUUUGUUUAGUUGAGGCGCGGUCGCAGUCCGCGCCUUUAGGGGGGGGUACUGUCACACAAAACAUGCACUCUUGCCACAACCUGCUCUUGUCACACCCUGGCUCUGGGACUCAUUAUGUUGAGCCAGGGUGUGUUCAUUCUAUGUGUGUAUUUCUAUGUUGGUAAUUCUGUUGUGUUUAAUUCUAUGUUUGCCUGAGUGACUCCCAAUCAGAGGCAACGAGUGUCAGCUGUUGGCUGGUUGUCUCUGAUUGGGAGCCAUAUUUAUACUGUCUGUUUUCCCUUUGUGUUUGUGGGUUUUUGUUCCGUGUUCGGUCAUUGAUACCGUUGGACGUCACGAGUCGUUUCUUGUUUUGUAUUGUGUUUAAACUUUAACUAAUUAAAGUAUGUUUGUUCAUCACGCUGCGCCUUGGUCUGUUCCAUAUGACGAUCGUGACAGCUCUAACCCAGUCACCCUGAUGUUAAUGUGACUGAAAGAGCUGAGUCACUCCGAUCGGAGUCCAAUGUCUUCAAAGGGUCAGGGUCUAUAGUUCACACUUCAGACUAGUUCUCAGGUCUGUAGAUUAUACUACAUAUACAGUCACAGGUUCUGCUGUUCCCACCAUGAUUACUUUAGUGAGUUACUGAGAAAAGAAAGGACACUUUUACUCUACUAGCAGUGGUGAAGUCUGUAAAGACUUAAAUGAUCUAAAUUGGAGCCAGUAAAGGUGAUACGGUCCCCUGCCCUUCCCCAUCAUUGCUAACCCCUGAACUCUAACCUCUCUCUCUCUGUCUGUAGGAUGUAAUGGCGUUUAACAGUGAGAGUGCAGGCUCUCCCCUGCCCUUCCCCAUCAUCGCUGAUGAUAAGAGGGAGCUGUCAGUUCAGCUGGGCAUGCUGGACCCUGAUGAGAUCGACAAGGAUGGCAUGCCCCUCACCGCACGCUGUGUGAGAGAGGUCACACACACAUCCAUGAGAUGUAAAGGGCAACAUAGUUUUGCUGAAGAAAAUUAAGAUCCAAUUGGUGUUUAUGUGACCCUUCCCCUUUGGUCCCUCCCACAGGUGUUUAUGGUUGGUCCAGAUAAGAAGAUGAAGCUGUCCAUCUUGUACCCGGCCACCACUGGGAGGAACUUUGACGAGCUGCUCCGUGUCAUCGAUUCUCUGCAGCUCACUGCUCUCAUAGCACCUGUUGACUGGAAGGUACUCACACACACGCACACGUCGACUGGAAGAUAA